UACAUCUACAUUAUGGCGGCGUCUCAAGGAAAUAAGAUAUACAGUUUUAUGGAAAAAGAACUAAACUUCAUAAUGAAGUCGAUAUUUGUGAUAAUUUUGAAAAUUAAUAUGAUUCAUCGCGCGCAUCCAAAAUAUGAUAAAUUAUAAACAAUUUUUAAAUAAUUUAAAUUUCAAACUGUGCAUUUUAAUCAAUUUACUGCAGUGAAUAUGAAUUUUCAAUAGUGUGUCAUUGACUCAAAGAAGUGUCAAAAUCGACUUAAUUUUGUGCUUUAUAAAACAUUAAGACAAUUACUAAAAUUUAAUUUAUUAAAAAUCAUAUGGUCAUUUAAAAUUAAAGUGAAUAGUAUAUUUGUUAAUCAAUUAUCGUUAUUAAACACAUAUUGUAUUGCUAGUGUGAUUUUCACGGAAAUGAAAAGAUGUAUAUGACGCCAAUGCUUUGUUUUCUUUUUGUUGAAUACUUUCCGUUGUAAGUGUUACGUUUGAUAGUGAUUUUAGUAAAAUACACAUAAUGUAAUACUUUUCGUUAAUUAAUUCUCUCAUUAUCAGUGUUUUGUGUAUAAACGUAUCGCUUUUUUAUUGCUAAAUAUUAAAAAUUUGAAUAUGAAAAAAAUCAAAAUUUAUUGUUUGAUUUACUCAAAUUCUUUGAUUUUUUUCACCUUUGUUAAUUAGUUUUAAUAAUAAAUAAAUAUUUAAUGUUUUACUAAAUAAUUAAUUAAUAAAUGCUUGUGUUAUUUAUCUUCGAUAUAUUUAUUAUUCGAUAUAAUUUAUAUAUAAAUUCUAUUAAAAAUCAAGUGUAACACGUAAUUAUAUUAUUUUUUCAUACAACUAAUUAUUAAUGUUGAAGUUUUUUAAUGCAUAUUGAAGUUAAAUAUUAAACGUCAUGGCACAAAAAACUUUCUAUGUAAUUAACUAUUAAUUUACGCUUAAACAUGAUACUAAUGGAAAAUUAUUAUCGAACACUCGUUAAGAUGUGUUUGUUUAAUGUUGUUUAUCACUGAUCACAUCUUUGCUGAGGUCAGAGAGUGAUGCCGGUUCAUCAGAUCAAUGUUAAUCCGCCUGACCGGCAACCACCUCUGUCGCUUGGUUCUUCCAAUAACAAUAGCCCUGCUGGUGGUGAAGGUUUACCAGAAUGGACAUCAAAAGAAUCAACAUAUCCAACAGUAGUUACAAUCAUACCAGAUCAUUAUCAUUCAUCAGUAAGCACAUUGUCUUCAAGCAAUGAUAUUUGCAGAAUAUGUCAUUGUGAAGGUGAAGAAGGUGCUCCACUUUUAGCACCUUGUUAUUGCAGUGGCAGUUUACGCUAUGUACAUCAAGCUUGCCUUCAACAAUGGAUAAAAGCUUCAGACACACGUGCUUGUGAAUUAUGUAAAUUCACAUUUAUUAUGCAUGCUAAAACAAAACCAUUUUGUGAGUGGGAAAAACUUGAAAUGUCUGCCCUAGAAGUUCGUAAAUUAUGGUGUGCAGUUGCUUUUCAUGCAGUAGCUGCACUUUGUGUGGCUUGGUCUUUAUACGUACUCGUUGAACGAUCUGUGGAAGAAGCUCGACGUGGAUAUGUAGAUUGGUCUUUCUGGACUAAAUUAAUAGUUGUUGUAAUUGGUUCUACAGGUGGUUUAGUUUUUAUGUAUAUUCAGUGCAAAGUAUACAUUACAUUAUGCAGAAAAUGGCGAGCAUUUAACAGAGUAAUAUUUAUUCAAAAUGCUCCUGAAAAAGUGGUGCUUCCUCCCUCACCUACAGACUCUUUGAGAGAAGUAACAUUGCCUCUAAAAGAUCCAACUGCCUCUAUGCCUGAGCUCAAUCAUUCCUUAUUACCCUGUAACAUAGAUCCUCCAUGUGCCUCGCAGAUGGUAAAACCGGAUUCUGCCGCGCCUCCACAAAGGCACGACGCUCAAUUGAAACUUUAUGUAUUUGAUAAAUUAUCCUCAUCUGAAGACAACUUAUAAUACAAUUGGUAUAAUACAAAUGGCUGCUAAUUGUAUACUAAUGAUUAGCAAAAAAAAUAUAUAAUGCAAAUGUGUCUAGAAUAAAGUUAUAAUUCUAGACCACAGUACGAUUUUGAAAAUCGAAGUUUCCAUUUCGAAACUGUCAAAUGUCCGCCCUUAUGGAGCAUCUCUAUCUGGAAUCUAGUACUUCAGUGCUUACAUUGACAAUGGAAUAGUUGAAAGUGUUUAACCAGUAGGUUAAACAUUUUCUCCAACAAUUGUGUACAUAAUUAUUGUAUCUGUGAUGUUAUUAAAUAAAAUUUACCAUAUUUAAA